GGGCCGGGCAUGAGGGACGGCGGGGGGGCCGCGCCCAGCACCGGGACCGGACGGGAGCGCCGCGCCCGGGCACCGGCGGGGCUCCUCCUCGCUCACUGCUAUGGACAGUGCUAUCACCCUGUGGCAGUUCCUCCUCCAGCUCCUCCAAGAGCCUCAGAACAAGAACAUCAUCUGUUGGACCUCCAACGACGGGGAGUUCAAGCUGCUGCAGGCAGAGGAGGUGGCCAGGCUGUGGGGGAUCCGCAAGAACAAGCCCAGCAUGAACUAUGAUAAACUCAGCCGAGCGCUCAGAUACUACUACGUGAAGAAUAUCAUUAAGAAAGUGAACGGUAAGAAGUUUGUGUACAAGUUUGUCUCGUAUCCGGAGAUUUUAAAUAUGGACCCGCUCGUCGUGGGCCGGAUAGAAGGAGACCCUGAACUGACUGGCUUUGGAGAGGUCAACAGCGCUCCAAAGGAGGUGGAAAACUGUGGGAAGGAGAAGUCCCAGUCGUGUGCGAAGUCCUCGAGCCGCAACGACUACAUCCACUCAGGCCUGUACUCCUCCUUCACCCUCAACUCCCUCAACAGCUCCAGCGUCAAACUCUUCAGGUCCAUCAAGAUCGAGAACCCGGCGGAGAAGCUGACGGAGAAGAAGCCUCAGGAGCCGACCCCCUCCGUCAUCAAGUUUGUCACCAUGCCCUCCAAAAAGCCGCCCUCGGCCCCCCUGGUCUCCACCGUCUCCGCGGCUUCCGCCGCUCCCGCCGCGUCCUCCUCCCUUCCCAUGGGAUCCGAGGAGACCCUCCAGACCCUGGAGACGCUCGUCCUGCCCAAGUUAACUGUCCCCGAAGCUCCAGCACCUUUGCCAAACUUAACCAGCAGCUUCACCCCGACCCCCCCCAUCUCCUCGGUGUCUCCCACUCUCCAGGUCCCUUCCACGCCCCCGUCGCCGCCCCUGAGCUCCAAUCCCGACCUGGACAUUGACACGGACAUCGAGUCCGUGGCCUCCCAGCAGCUGGAGCAGGCCCAGAGCCUUCAGCACCAAUCCCCAGAGCCCAAAGAGCAGGAUUCAUCCGUGCUGGAGAAGGAAUUUGCCAAUCACCUCUCCAGAUCUAAGAAACCCAAAGGGCUGGAGUUGGCUCCCACUCUCGUCAUCACGGGCAGUGAUCCAAGUCCUCUGGGCAUUCUGAGUCCUUCUCUCCCGACUGCUUCUCUUACUCCAGCACUUUUCUCUCAGACUCCCAUCCUGCUGACUCCCAGCCCUUUGCUCUCCAGCAUCCACUUCUGGAGUACCCUGAGCCCGGUGGCUCCUCUCAGUCCUGCCAGGUUGCAAGGUGCUAACACCCUCUUUCAGUUUCCAUCAGUGCUGAACAGUCAUGGCCCAUUUACUCUGUCUGGACUGGAUGGACCCUCUACCCCUGGCCCGUUUUCCCCUGAUCUCCAGAAGACAUAGCACAUGGAAUUCAUGGAAAGGACACGUUGGCAAACAAGGGAAAGAUGGGACACUUCUAUUUAACCACGUUUUUUUAAAAAUGAGCAAUUUAUAAUUCCACACAGAGAUUCUCAACGAUCGUAGUUUUCGCCAUUCCCAAGUAAAAAUGCCUUUUUUUUUGCAAAAUUCCCUUUUUUUCUGAAGAACCCAGGUUGGGAAUGUAUAUGCAAAGGCCUUAAUAGGAGCUGCAGCUCCAGUUUUCUUCUCUUCCCUCCUUGGUUUGGAAGAUUUCACGUGGUCAAAAAGGGACUUUUGGUCGGUGUUGCAGCAGCUGAGUCUGCACUGAUUGCAGUGAACAGUGUCAGAGAAGUCUUUUCUCUGUGACUUUUGGGGAAAAAAAAAAAAAACAAACCCUCUGUUCUUCUGCUUCCUGUGCUUGGCAAGAAGAUAUCUGAUCAGGAUGGAAGCUGGCAUUCCAGGAAAUGCUUGGGAAAGGGGUGUGUGCACUCCAGCUUUGCCUGGGGGGGCCACGGUGACUUCUGCAGCAACAAAAACAGCCUGGUCUGUUCUGCUGUAAAAUCAUCUUGUCUUUUUUGCAGGGAGAAAUUUUCAAGGACUAUUAUUCAGUGCUUCAUAUCCUGAGAUAUUGGACAAUUUGGGAAUUGUGGUGGUGUGUGUCCCACCAGCCCAACCCCUCGGAGAAGUGGUCUGGCUGGAUCCUGGAUGCUUCCCCUGCCCUCCCUUUGGUGGGGAGGUGAGGUCUGGAGAGAGAGAGAAAUCAGUGGUGGGAUGAGUUCCUUUCAACCCUCAGAGAGUUUGAAUGCUGAAGUCCAAACAUUUCUUGUGCCAGAGACCUCUUCCAGAGCUUGUGAUCUCACGGCUGGAUGAACAGGAUGGUGGAUUUUCCUUGGAAGUUUUGGGGGGUGGGUGCCUGUGCUGAGGUUGCUGCCUGGUGCUGGAGUUCCACACCCAAACAGUGGUGAGAACACAGAUGUCCCAGCAUUAACUGCUCUUUCCCACAGGUUUGGAAAAGUUUCCUGCUUUUCCACAAGUGGAGGAGCUCCUCUUCUACCAGCUCUUAGCUCGACUUUUGCAUUAGAGCUGUUGUUUGGUUUUUUUUUGAGGAAACACUGACCCAAACUCAGGCUCAGUGUGUCCACCUGGCUGUAAAUCUGCUCUUGCAUUGCUUUUCUUGGUGGUGUGGAUGGAUCAAGAAUGAGAGAUUUAAUUUCCAGAGCCAUUCGAGACGAAACGAAAUUUGUACUUAGAUUUAUUUUUUUUUUUUUUACACCUCAGGAGGCCUUUUAAGAGAACUGAGGAGUGAAAGGAAGGGAGAUUUGUCCUCUCUCAGCCCCUCAGAGUCUGGAUGUCUUGGUCUGUGGGUGCUGGGCCCUGUGUCCUCCUUCCACUUGGGGCAUCUGAUGUCAGGCAGCAACUUCUGUUUUGCUACUGAGUGCGUUGAGAUGGGGAUGGAAGGGAAUCUUUUUCCAUAAAACACCCAGUAGAAAACAGAUGGGAGCUUCUCUCUCCUUCAGCAUCCUCACUUGGCUGCCUGCAGAGUUUUCAGGAGCAGAAGAUUUCGCAGCAAGAGGAGCUGACAGUGUUUGCUGUACAUAUUUGCACCCCCUUUCAUGGAGAAGUUUGGUGAACUCAAAGCUUUCCAGAAGUUUUUUUUUCCCUUUUGCCACUUUUGCAGGCUUGGAAUUCACUUUCCAAGGGUGUGACAGCACCCGAGACUUCUCUUCCUUGGUGGUGUUACCUUCCUGUGUUCUGACAUUGAAACGUGUACAACCACUUUGUGUGUUCCUGACGUGACACCUGGGACAGGUGGGUGGAACAGCUGAUUUUUUUUUUGGGGGGAAUGGGGGGCAUUGUUCAUCCAGAACACCUGCCCAGUGGGAAUGGGAGAAAAGAGUAUUCCUUCUUCAGGUGGAGAAGCUCAUGGAGUGACCUGUCUUCCUGUUGGGUUCUGUCAGAGGCAUAAAUGCUUCACAUUUUAGACAUCAGCAGAUGCAGGAUGAAGUUCCUGUGCCAGCAGCUCUUAAAAUGUGCAAUAUUGACCUUUUCUUUUUUUUUUUUUUAAUUAUUAUUAUUUUUUUAAUGCAGAAGCAAAGCUGCAGAUGAUAAUUGAGAGCAGGCAUCUGGAAUUUUCUGGUUUGCAUGGUGGCUUUUGAGUCUGCUCUAGAAAAAUAUAUAUAGCUAUGUAUAAAUAGCAGCACUUUUUUUUAAUGGUUGUUUUAGGUUGGCCAAUUUGACGCCCACCAAGUGUGUGGACUUUUUGAGAGCAACAUUGCAGACUAGGAUUAGAAUUUAAAAAGUACUUAAUGAGCACUAAAAACCCUUGCAAUUUAAUUGCUUCCCUUUCCUUGUCCCCUAUGGAGAAAAGCCAAGUUUAUUUGUUUAAAAAGUUGUGUGUGUGCACACAUGCACUUAAUUCUCUGUGAACUUUUAUCACUUUGAGCAUAGGGUAUGCAAGAGAACCCAGCCUGGGUUCCUGCUCUUCUCCAAGAAGCUUCCUAAGAUUGCACUGCCAUAGCUGGGGGAGAGCCACCUUUCCCUCUGGGAAUCCCUUGUGCAGAGGAAGCUCAUGUGGAAAUGCAGCCUGGAUGGGAUGGUUUCUGUCUGGGAAUAUCCACUGAGGUGGUGGUUGCUUUUCCUUUCCAAGGGAAAUCAAAAUCCACGGAAGGGUUACAAUCUUAGGAGGCAGUUGGGAAAGCACAUGGGAAGGGCAGGGAAGGGAGGGGAGAGGAGCAGCUUGCUGCCUUUUCUCCAUUCCAGCUUUCAGGUCACUUAAAGGGAAUAUUAUCUUGUAUAUAUGCUGCCUGAUUAAACACACAUUUACUGACAGGUAUGGAACUGCCAGCUUUUUUUUUUGGAUCACAUUCCUGACGGAGCACAGGGUCCUGUGACUCCUUGGGGCUCAGUGAUGUGAUUGCUGGUUCUCUGCUAGGUCACUUCAGGAGCACUUUGCAGCUCCUUGCAACUUGUUUUUUAAUUUAGUGUAGGGCAGGUGGGGGUUAACAGAGGUUCUCUUUUCCUGGCCACGGUGGCAGUUUGCACUGUGGUGGCUUAAAAAAGUGAUAAUGCAGCAUUACAGAAACCUUUCCUUAGCUGCCAGUUGAUGCUGCUGGAGUAGCCAUGGGAUUGUGGAAUGCUUGGGAAUAUUUGCAUUGGUUAAUUGGUAGCUGGUGGUAGAAUUGGACUGGAUGAGCAUCUUGCCUUGCUUCUGGAAAUCUCUUUUCCAUGUCACUGCAGAGUUGGGAGUCUCACCCUGCUGGUGCUGUGUGUGCCACACCCGAGAGCCCGGAUUCUCGGGAUGCCAGUGGACAGACAGUCCAGACAGACUGCCACAGACAGUCCAUGGAAGCAGGAAUGUGUUCAUGACCCCCUCCAGUCACAGAACCAUUCGUGUUCUGUCUCACCUGUGAAGGGAAUCCUGGGGAGGAGGGGGAUGGAGGAGCAUUGGGGUUUUUUUUAAACAGCAGCUCAAGUCCAGAGCCUUGUUUCAGAACCUGAGCUGUUCAGCAGUGGUGGCUGAAUGCAAUUCCUAUGCACUGCCUUUGGCACAUUGGAGCUGUGUUUUGCAAUAGGUCAGCAGGUGAUAAAAUUCCUUGAGUUGGAGAAUUCAGUGUUUUAACUUGGAGCAUCCUCAGACUUCAGCAUCCACGCAGUCUUUGGGGUGUGUGAGAACAGAGAGGCUUUGCCUGUUCAGUGGUUCAUUUGGGGUAAUUUCUCCCUCUGAUACGUUUUCAGACCUCAGAUUUCUCACCAAUAGAUUCUUCUUGUGUUUAUAGCGUUCCUCCUAAGGACAGUGAAGGCUGCUUAGGUGCAAAUCUCCCUUUCCCCAGCUUCCCACAACGCUGAGCUGCAGCAAGGUCAGGUUCCCUCGGGACUUCAGCUCUCACAUGAGAGCUCUGCAGGCUGAGGUGGGAGGACAGAGCUGUCCUAGAGCAGUGAUGGCUUUCUCAGGUGAGAGUUUUGAUCCACUUCUGUAGCGUUUUUCCCAGUGCUGAGCUCAGAACCUGCAGUUCUGACACGCUCUUGUCUCCCACGAUUUAUUCAUUUAGCUUUUAGUUACCUUCUGCUCCUGUUUUAUAGCAGUUUUGUGUGUACUCCUGUUUUAUGAUUUAACCUCUUCCAUUUUUAAGGCAUAUUUGUUUACAAUACAUCUCAGUGUUGUAUCAAGAGGCUCUCUUGGUAUUGUCAGCUCUGAAAAUCAACUACAGCAGUAGUUACAGAACGUUGUCAAAGGGUGUGUUUUAAAACUCGAUGUUUUGAGUUUUUGGGUGUUCACAACAGUUUUGUUUCAUUUCUUAAGUUCUCCUGCGUGAGAAAUAGAAUGUGUAUCUGUAAGAGUAGAAAUAGGGGGGGAAAAAAAAGAGACCUUCUGGCCUCUGAGGUCGUGGGGAUGGAUGGUUUAUUUUGUCUUAAAAAAAUCACAGAGCGCGGUGUUGCAAAGAGCCCCCCCAGGAUGUCACACUGGGCAGAUCAGUCCAAAAUCCAUGAGGAUUGCAAUCCUGGUGCUUAGAAGCUGUUCAGGAUGUUUGGUGAGGUAUAGGAUGUCUUGCCUAAACAGGGGGUUUUGUGGUUGGAUUGGAAUUUAGUGAAGCUGGUGGGUCUGGACAGCAGGUCUGCUCCGUGGGGAAGCCUUUGGCCAUCCCGGGAUGGUGGGAUGUGGGACAUGCUGGAGCUGCUCUGCUGGGAUCAGGGGCUGUCAGGUGAAGGCUGAAGGAUAAAAUGCAGUGACAGUUCUGUGCAGUUCUCCAGGGGGUUCCUGCAGGAGGCUCUGUCUUGGAUCAGCCCCUGGGCACACGGAAUUCCACCUGGAGCGAGUAACACCGACUGUGGAGGUAAGAGCUGGUCCUGGCCAGAGAAGAACUCUUGGAAAUGGAACCAGAUCUUUCUCCACAGCCUAAUUUUAGUCAUAAGGGUACAACAGAGGAGCUGCAAAGCCACAGGGAUGGUACAUCCCUGCAAAUCUGUUCAGCAGCAGCAGCUCCUUUGGAAGUUCCCUGAUGGACCUGGUGCCAUCUGGAGCAGAAAAGUGAAGCUUUGGGUUUAGUGUCUCCUGGAUCUUGGCCUGAGGUGUGUUAUUCCUGCCUUUUUACCAAGAACAAACAGAAAGAAGGAGGAUCUGUUCACUGCAGAAGGGGGAUUGGUUUUGGGCUGAGCCAGAACCAGGCUCUGCCAGGUAGGAAAGCUGGGCAGGGCCCGAGUUCCUUCUUGGAUGUGUGUGUUCAAGGAUUUCCCUUUGGGAAUAGCGAGAUACCUGCUUCAUAAACAUUAUUUUUGGGGGAAAAAAAACCCACCCUAAAACUGACUAGAAUUGCUUUUUUGUUUACCCCUCCCAAAAAAUGUAGCAGAAGGUUUUGCCUGUGGAGCUGUUCCAGCUGCCUGACGAGAAGCACACCCUGAGAGCUGAAAACUUGGAGGUUUUUUUAGAUUCCUUGUGCCUGGAAUAGCCCUGCAUGGAGCACACGUGUGUCAUGCCUGACAGGAUGUGUCCAGGAUGGAGUCUUGGCUUCCAAAUUUGUAUAAAUACCCCUCAAAGCAGCCACUGCACUGUGCAGUCGCCACUUUUAAAUAUGUUUUGCACACCCUGGUGAGGUUUUUUGGGGGCUUUUCCUUUUCUUUUAGGACUCAAGUCAAUCAUGCCACAGCGUGGACUCGUUGUGUUGCCAAAGGGUAUUUUUAAAAGCAGCUUUGACAUUGCUGGAUGCCACAUCUCCUAAAAAAAAAAAAAAAAGAAAACAAAAAAACAAACGUGUCUUAAAUUUGUCUGUGAAUAGUUUUGUGUUCACGGAACAAAAGUUUGGACUCCUUUACUCGAAACACUUCUCUCCUGAGACCAGGCAUUGCAGAAGGUUUUCAUCUCAAAUUGGUUGUGGCAGGGGGUGGAACAGGGAAAUGCUGAACCUUCUGGAGAACAGGGACCUUCAUGGAGACACUGAGUGACCCGGGAGGGGAGGCUGCAGGUGAUUUUGGAGCCCAUUUCAGCCCUUGAGCAGUACAUGCAGCAGUGCUGUACCAAUAACUGGAAGCUGUUGUUUUUUCUGGGAUUUUUUAUUUUAACUUUUUAAUUUUUUGGGUUUUUUUUUCAGUUGGGGGUUAUUUUUUCAUGGUGUUUGUUUUUAUUUUUUGAACACAGGAAGGCUUUGAGGGUGGCCUCUGCAUGGUUCCUAAGUGUGUGCUGUGUGCUGGGGUGGGGUGGGGUUACAAUACCUGGGUUUGCUCGAAGCUCCUUGAGAUGUGUUGUGGUUUGUUCUUUUCUUUUCUUUCCUUUUUUUUUUUUGUUGUUGUUUUCUUUUUUUUAUUUUUAUUUUUUGGCUGGCAUGUCUUAAAUCUUCAGGCUUUGAAACUGCUUUCUAGAGUUGUGUUGACUUUUUUGUUCUGCUGUUGUUCAGUUGCACAGAGUUUUCUAUAUAUGAUGUGCUAGUUUUGACGUUGAUUCUCUGUGAACAGGGUUGAGAUUAUUCCUUGUAGUUUAAAAAGAAACCAAGUUGUAUCCUAAAAAAAACUCCCUUUUUCAGACCUUGUUUGUAUCCUGUUGCAGUGUUACCAGAUGGCCUUAUGUACGUCACAGUGUUUUGUGAUAAGUACAGUAGCACAUUUAAUGCUUAUUUCCCCUCUGUUUUUAUAGCUGAGAAGUGUAUUUGUAAUAACAGAGCCAAAUAAAUGGGAAAAUUCUAGGUAAGGGUGGUGGUUGUCUCCCCUAAUGGGUAGUGGGGCAGCUGGAAUUAAUCUGGGACUAAACCCUUAGACUGCCUUGGGAAUUCUGAGGCUCUUGGCAGAUGUGGAUCGUGUGCCAGGGGCUUGGAAAUCACAGCAGCUCCAUUGGCUCCACCACAACUGCUCCGACUUCCAGGGGCUGAGAACCUGCUCUGGGGGCAGCUUUUGGGCUGGGAGAGGCAGGGGAGAGGGAAGUUUGAGGUAAUUUUUAGCAACUUAAGCACCCAAACCUGCUGGGCGGUGGGAAGGUGGGCCAGUUUUGUCCUGUUGAUUUCUGCAGUUCUGUUCUGGGAAGUGACUUCCUGAUGCCUUCAGUGCUUUCUAGUCCGUGGCUGAAUUUUUUUUUAGGCUGAUCUGGGUUUUCUUUGCUGCUCCAGCAAAGUUUUGGGCUCCAGCAGCUCUGCCAGCUCUGCUGGGAGCAGCUUCUGAGCAGAUUUCCCUGUCAGGUGACUCCUAACUCUGCCAUGGAUCCACUUUUACCUUCCUGUGAUUUUAACAGGGGUAAAAAUGACAUUAGAGGCAGCGGAGAGAACAUUUUUCAGCUGCUCUUUCCCUGAACAGAAUUGCAUUUAUUUUUUUUUCUAUAAAUAUAUAUAUAGUACCAAGUCUGGAGACAAAGCAAGUUAUGUUGUAGUGAGUGUCUCAACUUCCUACACUGGAGACUUUUCUAGACAUGAUCUUUUAGAGACAACUGUAACCUCACCCCUCUGGGGUCCUUGUUACAGUUGGGUGAACCUGCCUGGGACAGAAAAGCUUCUCAGUCUAACUUUCUUUUUUUAAAUAAUACCUUAUAAUAAGAGUAUCUUAAUGCCAUUGUGUUAAAAAAAAAAAUGCUGGUAUGUAAUGCAAGUACAUAAAUAGCCAAAGUUUUCAGUAAUUGUUCAGUGUUAACUAAAUUUUGCUUUUAUUUAACCUUCCAAGAUAACAUUUAGGAAGACCUUCAGCAUGUUGACGUCACAAAAGUCUGAUCAGCUUGAUUAGAGCAGAACGUGGAGUUAUUGGAACACAUUUCAGGUUUGAAUACAAUUUGGAGGCAAAGUUUUUUAAGAUGCAAAACUUCCUUUGCACUGUAAUGACACUUCAAAUGCUGCUUUUACAGUGGCUCAUUGGUAAUUGUUAUUCAAACAUCAUGAAGGUCUUUCCUGAGAAAUCAGGUGACUUUUCUAUUGCUUCGAUUUUUGUGCAAAAAAGUUAAAAAUAAAAAAAAUCAAUGUAUUGCAAUCUUUUUUAAAAACGGGGUGGGAAUAGUUAAAGAAAACUAUUUUAUGUAAGAACUGACAGAGGGAUUUGCUUUGUAUAAUGCAAGCUGGCUUUAAAAAAAGCAUUGUAGCAAAAUUAUUCAAGUCAAUCAUAUGUUAAUAGUUAUGUGCAACCAGACAUGCAAAACAAUUGUAUUUUUUUAAAUAAAUAUUUUUAACAAA